AUGGCCACGUCAACCUCACUCCUCUUGCUUUCAUGCUUCAUGCUACACCUUGCUUCAACCUUCGUUAUUGUCCAUUCAACAGAUAACAAGUACUACAACACUUUACCUACCUCAAAGUAUAUGAUCCCGGAGAGUCCUAAGAAAGCAUUGCUCAAUGUGAUAGACUCUUGUUGGCGUACAAAGCCAAAUUGGGCUUCAAAUCGCCAAGCCUUGGCUGAUUGUGCAAUUGGCUUUGGCAAAGAUGCCACAGGUGGCAAGUAUGGUGCAAUAUACCGAGUCAAAGAUCCCUCUGAUGACCCUGUAAACCCAAAACCAGGCACACUCCGUUAUGGUGCAAUCCAAACAGAGCCCCUCUGGAUCAUUUUUGACAAAGACAUGGUUAUUAGGCUAAAAAAUGAGCUUAUCAUGAAUAGCUACAAGACCAUUGAUGGAAGAGGGGCUAAAGUGGAAAUUACUGAUGGGCCUUGCAUUACAAUACAAGGUGUUAGUCAUGUCAUUAUACAUGGCAUUAACAUCCAUGAUUGUAAACCAGCCAAACCUGGCCUUGUGAGGAGUACUCCUGACCAUGUUGGUCAUCGUCUAGGCUCUGAUGGAGAUGCCAUUAGCAUAUUUGAUUCCUCCAAUAUUUGGAUUGAUCAUUGCUUUUUGGCUCGUUCCACUGAUGGCCUAAUCGAUGUUAUUCAUGCAUCAACCGCCAUUGCGAUCUCUAACAAUUACUUUACCCAGCAUGACAAAGUUAUGUUGCUAGGACAUAAUGACCAAUACACAGCGGAUAAAAUAAUGAGAGUAACAAUAGCAUUCAACCGUUUUGCUAGUGGCCUAACUGAAAGGAUGCCAAGGGUAAGAUUUGGUUAUGCCCAUGUGGUCAACAACAAAUAUGAUGAGUGGAAGAUGUAUGCUAUAGGCGGCAGUGCUAACCCAACCAUUUUAAGUGAAGGCAAUCUUUAUGUAGCACCAAAUGACCCAAAUGCAAAACAGGUUACCAAGAGGGAAGGGAAGGAAAACUGGAAGAGUUGGAAAUGGAGGUCUUCCAAGGAUUUAUUCCUAAAUGGUGCUUAUUUUGUACCAUCUGGGUUUGGAAGCUGUGCCCCAAAUUAUUCACCUACUCAAUCUUUUUCUGCUGCUCCAGCGUACUUGGUGCCUGCAAUGACUCUCAAUGCUGGCCCCACAAAUUGUGUUGUUGGGAGAGCAUGUUAGUAUAUGGCUAAGAAUAGCGUCUAAAAAAAAAGUAAGACUUAGAAUCGCCAUUACUUUUCUGUCUGUGUGUCUGUCUCCCUCAUUCACUUUUUUUUUUUCCUUUUUUUCUUUUAAUAUUUUUGGUUGAUUCCGGAAAG